CUUCGGCCAUUGUUAGGUGAACUUCCGUCACUUCAAGUGCAGUAAUGGCACAAAAAGAUGGUGAACUCCAUGUAGUUUUCAUUCCAUACUUUACGCCAAGUCAUAUGAUUCCCUUGGUCAAUACAGCCAGACUUUUUGCAAGCCAAGGUGUCAAAGUUAGCAUUAUCACCACAUUCUAUAAUGCCCUCCUUUUCGAGUCCUCCAUUGAUGAUUCUGACCACCGUAUCUUGAUCCACAAACUCAAGUUCCCAUCUGAUGCAGUAGGCUUACCUGAAGGGAUUGAAAACUUCAGUGCAAUCACUAGCCCAGAAAUGUCUGUGGGGGUGUGGAAGGGACUUGUUUUGCUUCAAAAACCGAUCGAAGAUCUUACUGUUGAACUUCGUCCUCAUUGCAUUGUUUCAGAUCUGUGCCUUCCAUGGACUGUGGAUGUAGCCGAGCGACUAAAGAUACCUAGACUUGCGUUUCAUCCUACCAAUGUUAUGCUACACUGUGUUGAACAUUGUUUGAAGCUUUAUACACCUCAUGAGAAGGUAAGUUCAGAUUCAGAAAGUUUCUUGAUUCCAGGUUUACCAGAUAAUAUUGAAAUGAAAAGAUCUCAACUUCCCGAAAAUAUAAUUAUAACCAAUCCCGAAGGACCAUACUGGGAGAUGAUGAAGAGAAUUAAAGAAUCAGAACCUCGGAGCUAUGCCAUGAUUCAUGACACUAUCUAUGAUCUAGAGCCAAGUUAUGCUGAGCUUUACCAGAAAAUCAGAGGUAAAAAACCAUGGUUGAUUGGUCCUUUGUUUCACUUCUCAAAGAGAGAAGAAGCAAAUGCUGCAGUUCAGGAGCGACACAGCUGCCUAAGUUGGCUUGAUUCUCAAGAACCAAACUCUGUUGUGUACAUUUGUUUUGGAAGUAUGGGGACGCUUUCUGGUGCUCAGCUCACUGAAAUUGCCUUGGCUCUUGAGGCCUCGAAUUCAUCGUUUCUUUGGGUGGUAAGGAAGGGUGACAAAGAGCAAGAAAGUUGGAUGCCUACUGGCUUUGAGGAAAAAUUACUCGCCAACAACAAAGGUUUGAUAGUCAGAGGUUGGGUGCCACAACUGAUGAUCUUGAACCAUCCAGCAACCGGAGCUUUCAUGAAUCACUGUGGCUGGAACUCCACUUUGGAAUCUUUCACAGCUGGAGUACCAAUGCUCACAUGGCCAUUGUUCGCAGAGCAGUUCUACAAUGAGAAGUUGGUGGAGAUUCUUGGAUGCGGGGUUGGGGUUGGGGCAGAGGUGUGGCACAUUUCGUUUGACAUCAAGGAUACAAUUGUCAAGAAGGAAAAGAUAGAGGAGAGUUUGAAGAUGUUGAUGAACACCUCCAGAGAAAGUGAAAAGAUCAGAAGUACAGCAAAAGACGUCGAAGCAAUGAUUAAGAGGGCUAUAGAAAAAGGAGGUUCUUCUUAUAAUCACCUAACAGAACUAAUAGAGGAGCUCAAGUGUCAUGUUUUUGGCACCUUGGAAGAGUAAUUGAAAAUCUAAUAUCCCGAGCUUUACUAAUUUUUCCUAAAUAUGCAUCACGUAUCAUGGGUGCUGAACUCGCAUCAACUACAAGACAUAAUAAAAGGGGAAAUGAAAUAACAUGUUAUGUUUCAAGCAUCUUUUAUCAUCAACAAAAUCUAGUGCUGAGAAAAUAAAAUUAGGUGGACGUACAAGCAAUACUUUUCCCUUCUCUAGAAUACUAUCAUAUGGUUGCAACGUUUUUUUAUUCCAUUUUUAAGAUAAUACAUGAAGAAUACUGACUUACUGGAGGAGAAGUUUAUCAUGUUUUGCCCGUUGGUGCUCUAUAAACAAAUAGCGAACAGCAGCUUGCUUUUUGGUUUCACACAAUCAGUAACUGACAGAUUGCUAGCACAGAAAAACAGAGGUUUCGUCUAAUAAAUCGCAAGUAAAAACAUAACUAAUGGACCAAUCACAUUGGAAAAAGUAACAAGGUAUGCAUGUCACGCAGACGACCAUAUAUUGUUAAAUCAUAAUGAAGCCUGCACACACCAAA